AAAGAAACUUGUUGCGGGUCCUAGAACUGAGACAGAGCUGCAGCGGCGGAUGAGCGGCAGCUGGGCGCCUGCGGCGGGGACAAAGAUUGGGUCCUGCGUGGCAGCCUUGGAUUCCAGAGUGUCCGUCCACGGCGUGACCUGGCGCGACCACUGCGUCCAUCCCCACUGAGCACCCCUCCGUGCGUGGUCCCGAUGCUGGACAUGAGUGAGGCCCGCGCCCAGCCACCCUGCAGCCCGUCCGGCACCGCUAGCUCCAUGUCACACGUGGAGGAUUCAGAUUCCGACGCGCCGCCGUCGCCCGCGGGAUCCGAGGGCCUGGGCCGCGCGGGGGGCGGCGGCCGAGGGGACUCUGCUGAGGCAGCAGACGAACGCUUUCCAGCCUGCAUCCGUGAUGCUGUGUCACAGGUGCUUAAGGGCUAUGACUGGAGUCUGGUGCCUAUGCCCGUGCGCGGCGGCGGUGGCGGCGCGCUCAAGGCCAAGCCACACGUGAAGCGGCCCAUGAACGCCUUCAUGGUGUGGGCGCAGGCGGCGCGCCGCAAGCUGGCCGACCAGUACCCGCAUCUCCAUAACGCAGAGCUCAGCAAGACCCUGGGCAAGCUGUGGCGCUUGCUGAGUGAAAGUGAGAAGCGUCCCUUCGUGGAGGAGGCUGAGAGGCUCCGUGUCCAACACAAGAAAGACCACCCAGAUUACAAAUACCAGCCACGACGAAGAAAGAGUGUGAAGGCUGGCCGGAGUGACUCGGACUCCGGCACAGAACUGGGCCACCACCCUGGUGGUCCCAUGUACAAAACUGACGCAGUCCUCAGCGACACACACCACCACAGUGACCACACAGGCCAGACCCAUGGGCCGCCCACCCCACCCACCACCCCCAAGACAGACCUGCAUCAGGCCAGCAGUGGAGGCAAGCAGGAGCUAAGGCUGGAAGGGCGCCGCCUGGUGGACAGCGGGCGCCAGAACAUCGACUUCAGCAAUGUGGACAUCUCCGAGCUCAGCAGCGAGGUUAUCAGUAACAUGGAUACCUUUGAUGUCCACGAGUUUGACCAGUACUUGCCCCUCAAUGGCCACUCAGCCCUGCCCACAGAGCCCAGCCAGGCCACUGCCUCUGGCUCCUAUGGGAGCACCUCCUACUCCCACUCCGGGGCAACUGGCAUAGGAGCAUCCCCUGUGUGGGCCCACAAGGGAGCUCCCUCGGCCUCAGCCUCGCCCACGGAGGCAGGACCCCUUCGGCCACACAUCAAGACAGAGCAGCUGAGCCCCACCCACUACAACGACCAGUCACAUGGCUCACCUGGCCGUGCUGACUAUGGCUCCUACAGUGCCCAGGCCAGCGUCACCACAGCUGCCUCUGCCACGGCGGCCAGCUCCUUCGCCAGUGCACAGUGUGACUACACUGACCUCCAGGCUUCCAACUACUACAGCCCCUACCCUGGCUACCCGCCCAGCCUCUACCAGUAUCCUUACUUUCACUCAUCCCGCCGACCCUACGCCUCACCACUGCUCAAUGGGCUCUCCAUGCCACCUGCACACAGCCCCAGCAGCAACUGGGACCAGCCUGUGUACACCACCCUGACCCGGCCCUGAGGCUGCUGCAUCCCGGGGGACUCAGUGCCCACGAAGUAUAGCCAGGUCUUUGAGGUCUUCCGGAAGCGGACUCGGUAGAGGGGUGGAAGCAGCCAGGACAGCCUCGCUCCGUCAAGUGCCUGCUGAAUCUGCAGGAAGCCAGGCAUUGUCUCCCUGUGUCCCUUUGCCUCUGGAUAUCCAAACUUCUGCCAGGGGACAGAGCUCUCUUUUUCCUCCACUUCUCUCUCUGAGGUAACUGGUGAUUGCGAAAACAGCCAUUCUAUCACUCUCCGGUUUGGGUGAGUGGGUACCAGCUCCUGGGUCUUCCAUCUCCGUAGAAGAGAAGACAGCUACGGCUUAGGACAAGGAGGAGAGAAGGGGCCUUGGGUCCUUACCAGCCCAGCCAAGAACUCCCUGGGUUCAAGGGAUGUUGUUCCCAUGGUGAAAGCACAUCUGUGGACGCUCGGGAUACAUCCACUCGGGCAUCUCUUGGGACCGAUGUGAGAUCGAGGGUUUCUCAUUACCACAGUUCUUCCCAGCAAGGUUUGGCUGAGACAAACACUUCUCAUGUUUAUUUUAUAUUUUUUUUUUGUAAUUUUUAUUUUUAAGGCUUAAACAUGUCUGUUUUGAAAGCUGUUGAAGAUGUAUUUAUGUUCUGUAUCAUUUUAUCUUUAAUUAAUGAAGUAAUUUGUGCAGAGGGUAGAAUUUAAGACAGAAUGAAAGUGGGGAAGCUUGUCUUGUAAAGGGCAGGAGGGAAGUGGUCCAGCACCCCAUGGCAUCUCUUUACUCGGCCUUCAGAUGGCCCGGGAGGCCUCCACCAGGCACAGGAGGAAAUGAUUUACCUCUUGGGGUCUGGUUGCAAUGAAAUGCCCAGCACCAGCAUCAGGUCGGGCAUUGGAAGACAGGAAUGUCAUCUCUGCCCUCAGUGGUGCCAAGCGGUAGAAGACAGAAUUCCUGCAAGUUGGCAGCUGCAGAACCACGAUAAUCUUGGCUCUUUGGCACCAGGCGCUACUUACCAAGCUGUGAAAAGAGAGAGCCUCCUCCACUAACCUGCCUAGGUUCCUAGUUAGAAAAUAACACCUGCUUCCCUGCCUCGCUUUGCUGUGUGCUGCGUGUGUAACCGGCUACUUUACAGAAACUUGUGCCUUUGAGACUUUGUACAUUUAAUCACAUUUGAGAAGUUUGCUUCUUUUUAAUUUUUUCUACUUUUCCUACUUUUUUUAGAGGGAAAAAACCUGUCUUUUUUUUCUUUUCGUGUAUCUCCUUCUGGGAGUGGGAGUGGGAACCACAGCAAACUCAUUUUUUAUGCAAUCUAUUUCUUUUUUUUUUUUGGCAUUGAAUCCAGAAAGACAUUUGCUGUCCUUCGCCUGCUCUGUUUCGCUACUUUCUGACCAAGCAAUGCUAACUUUUGUACAGAUCAAUUUGAUAAAAUUUUAAAAAAAAUGCUUUUUAUCUACUUGGA